GUGCUGUGGAGAGAGCGUCGUUACUUCCUUCACCUUCUCUUCGGUUGCUAGGAGGGGUCCUGGCUCAGGUUUCUCGGGACAGGCAAAAAUGGCUGCGGCAACUCAGAAGUAUUUCCUGGAAGGGCAGACCUACUCAGUUCCCCUCAUCCAGCCUGACCUCCGUCGAGAAGAAGCUAUUCAUCAGAUAGCAGAUGCACUUCAAUACUUGCAGAAAGUUUCAGGCGAUAUCUUCAACAGGAUUUCCCAACAAGUGGAAGCCAGCCGGGCACAGCUGCGGGCGAUCGAUGAGAGAGUCACUCUUGCUCAAGCCAAAAUUGAGAAGAUAAAGGGCAGCAAGAAGGCGAUCAAGGUGUUCUCCAGUUCAAAAUACCCUGCUCCAGAGCGGCUGCAAGAGUAUUCCUCCAUUUUUGCUGGCGCCAGGGAUCCAGAUGCACAGAAACGGCCGAGGCGCAAGAUUCAGAGCAAACACCGAGCGUUCGAUGAAAAAUCCCUGCAGGAGAAGUUGAAGUACUUCCCAGUUUGCGUCAGCGCAAAAAUCCAUCAGGAAGACGAUGCGGAAGAAGGUCUCGGCAGCCUCCCCGGGAACAUUAGUUCUCUGAGCUCUCUGCUGCUCUUCAAUACCACCGAAAACCUCUAUAAGAAGUAUGUUUUCCUUGACCCCCUGGCCGGAGCAGUGACCAAGACCCACGUGGCUCUGUCCAGCGAAACAGAAGAGAAGCUCUUUGAUGCCCCCCUCUCUAUCACCAAGAGGGGGCAGCUGGAUCAGCAGGUGACUGAAAAUUACUUCUACGUGCCGGAUCUGGGGCAGGUGCCCGAGAUAGACGUGCCGUCCUACCUGCCUGACCUGCCGGGCAUUGCCGCCGAUCUCAUGUACAGUGCUGACCUUGGGCCUGGCAUUGCCCCUUCUGCUCCUGGCACUGCCAUACCGGACCUGCCCACCUUCAACACAGAGUCCACAGAACCCUUUCGGCCAGAUAUUCAGAAGGAUCCAGACCUCCCACCGCCCCCUCCUCCUCCUCCACCCCCACCCCCACUUGAACUGCCAGUUAAUCCACCCCCACCCCCUCCUCUUCCUCUGGACCAACCUAAGACUCGAGUGAGUGGAGAGGAAAGCAGUGUGGGGCCAUCAGUUCCUGUUCAGGGGGCACCCAAGGAAGUGGUAGACCCAUCAAACGGCCGGGCCACCCUUCUAGAAUCCAUCCGCCAGGCUGGUGGCAUUGGGAAGGCCAAGCUCCGGAGCGUCAAAGAGCGGAAGAUGGAGAAGAAAAAGCAGAAGGAGCAAGAACAAGUGGGAGCUAAAGGGCAGGGCGGAGACCUGAUGUCCGAUCUUUUCAACAAACUGGUCCUCCGGCGCAAAGGUAUCUCCGGCAAAGGGCCUGCGGCCGGAGGGGAUAGCAACGCCCCCAACGUGCCGGCAGGCGCCUUUGGCCGCAUCUCGGACACGAUUCCACCCCUGCCGCCUCCGCAACAGCCGGCUGGCGAAGACGAGGAAGAUGACUGGGAGUCCUAGAUGGCUCCAUUCCUGUGGGGUGGGCUCACUCCCACGUUGCCAAGCCGUGGCGGCUCCCAGAUUGAAGGAAGCGCCUGAAGAGGCAAGCUGUGGAGGACGCUCGUCCAGCAGAGACAGCCUGCGCUGCUUGUCUCUUCCACCUCCCCUCCCCCUGCUCUGGCUUCUUUCCAACUCCUGCUGUGUGUACUUAUGAAGAUGACUACUUCUCGGCUUGCCUUUCUCCUCCAGCCCACCCAGGUGAAUGAUCUCCUGUCUGCGUACUCCGCAGCAUCUGCUGCUGCUGGGCGCUCAAAGAUGAUCAAAGCGGCUUCUCUGUGUGUGAGAGAGAGAGAGAGAAGAGCCCCGUCUAGUCUCAUGUCCUACGUGAAGCUCACCAAGGCAGCUCUGGCCAGCAACCACAGCAUCUGCCUCUUUCCGUAGGACUUGGCCUUGGGAGCUUGGUGGGGAAGGAACUGAGCUUCAGGGACGCACAAGCGUUGCUGAGCGAGGCCUCCGCGUCCUUCCUCUCAGCCCAAUUCUCACUUCUUCUUUUUUUUGCGUAGAGGAAGCUCUGUGAGGCAGAGCGCUCAGCUGUCAAAUGCUAGUGGCUGACUGAUUGGGGAAAUAAAAUAAAAUAACCACCGGUGACGUCU